AUGGUCACCAAGAGUAGCAGUAUCGACGCUAGUUCGAGCAUCGUCGAGCAUGACAGAGAGGAUCCACGGGGGAACGCCGAACUUUCGUUCCCAUCAGUUGAGGCCCAAGAACAGCCAGCUGCAGAUGCAGUCAAUUCAAGUCUCCGUCAUGAGAACCAAUCACAUCAGCUAUGGGCCAGAAGGGUGCGACCAAUUUUGAUUUUGGCAUUGGCAGCACUGGCCUUGCAGGGUUUGCAUGUGUGGCACGGCCAUGAAGGCGAACGGUUGACAUCGACAAAUUCAGGACUUGAGGAGAAAACUUCAAUCAACACUGUGCUAGAAUUAGGUCCUCGUUUUGAAGAUAAAGAUGAACCACGUUUGCGUGCUUCCGAACCUCGUUUUUCUCCAUUUUUCUGCCACAACGAUCCUGAUGUGCUCAAGUUCUUUGAGAAGAACAGCAAGCAUUGGGGCUACAAGACUUCCUUGUCAGACUUGGAUGUUUGGGUUGUUUCACAUGGAGGUGUGGCUUCAGAAUACUUGUAUUCCCAUCUGAAAGACCGUGACAUCCAUCUGGUUCCAAGCCCGAAGCACAACCUUGCAUAUUUGUGUCAUUUGGGCAAUCCAGAAAUGGUUGAAUUGGUCUAUCCAUCGGACACACCCAUCUUGGUCAUUAUUGGUGACUUUUGGAGGGCAUUGAUGUCCAUGCACCGGCGCAACUAUUUGAAAUUGAAUAUGGCCAAGAUUGUAUUUGGAGAAGAACGCUGCAAAAUGCCAAAGUACAAAGAUUAUGUGUCCAAGAAUCCCAAUGAUCCUGCUGGGAUCAAGGCCAUGAUCAGGACCUACACCAAGCUUCCAAAUGUUGUUUUCCUAAAGGCCCCAUACAGCAAAGAAUCUGUCAUGCAAGCUGCACAAUUGCUGGGACUUGACAAACUGCAAAACCUCUCAUCCCUAUUCCAAGGGUUUGAAGCACAUCAGCGACAAACCAACAACACAUUUAUUGUACCUGAACUUAUUCCCAUCUACGAGCCCUACAAGGAACUGCAUCAGUUGCUAGACAACUCAACCAUUCCGCCUGUCUGGACUUCAUCGCAGCUGCCUGUGGAGCUGGAGAUGUACCUCAUCAAAGAGGCAAAUGUGAAUAGAUAG